AUGGCUUCCAAUCCUUUCAUCGUGUCGUGGUGGCCGCUUGCUUUAGCAGACCCAGCAUUAUUUCACGUGUCGAUACAAACGGCAUCACUGGAUGAGGAACGUCGGGCUGAAAGAGGCUUCCCAGUAUCGGAGCUUCUCAUGGCUGAUUCUGUAUCGUUGAUACGAAAUAAGAUCGGCAGUGGCUUGUUGGCAAUCCAAGAUGAGACUUUGAAUUCUGUGGUUACCUUGGCUGCUAUCGAGCACGGAAAAGGCAACAUCAGUGCCAGCAGAGCUCAUAUAGAGGGUGCUAAACGUAUUGUUGGAAUCCGUGGGGGACUUGAUCAAGUCAAACAGGCAAGCCCGUUGACGGCUAGGAUGAUAGCUUGGGUAUCAUUACUGGUCACAGGAUCUCCCCAAUACCAAACUCAGAAUGAAGAUGGCACGGGGGACGGAGUCAGCCCAACGCUUCAAUGGCUCUUAUCGUCGUCAUUUUUGGAGACGCCAGACCCGGUUGUGCAGGCUCUUGAUCUGCAACCCGAGAUAGCGGGCGUGUUUACUCGUCUGCGCGGUAUUCUACAUCAACCAGAUGCUUCAAGUCUGCUAGGCACAGAGCUUCAUGAUCUGACGUGUUUCGUCGUCCAUAAGCUCCUACUCAUGCCACCAUACAGGACUUCGCCGCAUUCCGAAUGUCUACGAUGCGCAAUGACACUCUACAUGCUAAUAAUUCACGGUACAACAUAUUACACGCAUACAGAGCUUUCCAACAACAUUGUUCAGCUGCUUAAAGACCAUCUCCAGCCUCUGGCAGGAAAGACUGGGGGCAUCCUCUUUGGCUCUCUACAAAUCUGGGUUCUUUCCGUCGCCAUUGUCUCAGCUACAGACCCAACAGAAAUCCAGUGGCUAACUUACGCAGCCAGGAUUGCCUCGAAUGCCUUGGGACUACAAACAUGGGAUCAUGUCGUCAUUCACUUGAAGAAUAUUCUAUGGCUGGAAACUGAGAGGGUAGACGUGUUUCGUCAACAGUGGGCAGGUAUUUUAACAUGA